CUUAAAGAAAUACCAAAAAUGUGUUCAAAAUAAACACACACAUUCAUAUAAAAUUUCUCCUUUUAAUUUCCUUCAAUAAGUUUUUUACCUUAAAAACAUAUAUGUAUGUGUUUUGAUUACGAUAUUUGUGCUAUGAGUUCUCUGCCUCUGUGAAUGAUGUAUAUAUACUACCAGCUCUUUUCUAUUACAGUUCAGUAAUGAUUUAGUGCUUAUAACAUUCAAAGUAAAAAAAAUUGUACAACUGAUUUUUUUUUUUUUGGAAAUUUUUCUAUUGAAAUAUAAAAUUUUUUUUUGAUUCAGCUAUUAAAAAAAAACGUGUUAAAUCGAAAUUAUACUAUAAUAUAAAUACAUACAUGUGUAUAUAUUUUUUGAAAAAUAUACAAAUGAAUAAAAGUAGAAACAAUCAAAAUUAAUAAUGUUUUUAAAAGUUAUUUUUUAGUGCAGUAGUAUAAAUUUAAUAUAACAUAAAAAAAAAAUUUAUAAAUUUCAAUUUCUUAUAAAUAAUAAAAAUUUUUUGAUUCUUUUUACAAGAAUAUUGUCAAGGCUUUUUACUCCUGACGAGUUUUUUUUUUAUUUUUUUAUAAAUUUUAAAGAUUUUUGUAAAAUACAACCAUGGUGAACAUAGUGGAUAGCGGAGGUAGCAACACACCGCAAGAAUUGGAAACAUUUUUACCAACUGAUGGGUCUAACGGGCUAAGAUACAAAGUGACUCCUAGAAAGGAUGUUGAAAAUGGAAAUGUUAAAGAAUUCGAUCCAUUUGCUCUUCGUGACAACCCUCACCCGACUACAGAUAAUGAAACUCUAACUCAUCUGCUAAAAGCAUCAUUGGGAACUGGAAUUCUUUCAAUGCCGAUAGCUUUUAUGUACUCUGGCAUUAUUUUGGGAUUAGGAGCAACAAUUUUUACCUCACUAAUUUGCACACAUUGUAGUUAUAUUUUAGUAAAAUGUGCCCAUAAAUUGUAUUAUAAAACGAGAAGAACUCAAAUGAGUUUUGCUGAAACUGCUGAAGUGGCAUUUAAAACAGGUCCAAAAUGGGCUAGAAAAUUUGCAUGGUUCGCGAAAUUUUUGAUAUUACUUUGCUUAUUUUUAUCAUAUUUCGGUACAUGCUCUGUAUACACAGUAAUUGUGGCAAGAAAUUUUGAACAAGUUUUGGAAUAUUUUUUCGAUCUUGAUAUAUCAAUACGUUUCCUAAUAUCUACAUUACUUGUACCGUUAAUUUUACUAUCAUGGAUUCCAAACCUAAAAUAUUUAGCUCCAGUGUCAAUGGUUGCUAAUAUAUUCAUGGCUACUGGUUUAGGAAUAACAUUCUAUUAUUUAGUGAUGGAGAUACCACCUAUUACAACAAGAACAUACAGUAAUUUCUCAACACUGCCAGCCUUUUUCGCAAUUACUAUAUUUGCUAUGGAAGCAAUAGGUGUAGUUAUGCCGCUUGAAAAUAAUAUGAAAACUCCUCAACAUUUUGUUGGAAUAUGCGGUGUGUUAAGUCAAGGAAUGUCGGGGGUGACCUUAAUUUAUAUGUUCUUAGGGUUUUUGGGUUAUUUGCGUUAUGGUGACGAUACACGAGAAAGCAUAACACUUAAUUUACCUGUAAAUGAAGUACCUGCACAAAUAGUUAAAGUAUUUAUAGGACUAGCUGUAUAUUGUACAUUCGGUUUACAAUUCUAUGUAUGCUUGCAAAUUGUUUGGGAUGGUGUUAAAGACAAAUGCACUAAACGUCCAUUAAUGGUUAACUAUGUUAUAAGAACUGUGCUUGUAACUGCAGCCGUUGUUUUAGCUGUUGCAGUACCUUCAAUAGCACCAUUUAUGGGAUUAAUUGGUGCCUUUUGUUUUUCGAUUUUAGGUUUACUCUUGCCGGUUUUCAUAGAAAUGGUUGUGUACUGGGACGAUGGGUUUGGUAAAUACAAUUGGAUCAUAUGGAAAAAUAUUGUAAUUACUAUAUUUGGGGUUUUAGCACUAAUAUUUGGUUCACUAAGCGCUAUAAAAGACAUAAUGUUAUUGUAUCAGUAAGAGUUAAAAAAACUCAGUAAAUUAGUACGUAGAUUGCAACUAUCCUGUAAAUUUUUAAGUGAUGGAAUUAUGUUACCUAUAAUGCUGAGCAUAUUCUUAAAACAUAACAAAGCAAACCAUUAACUAAAAAUAUUAUUGUAAUAAUAAAUUUUUAAUCAAAAGUAUUUUUAAAUCAAAUUCGUCGUUAUAGAAAGCAUUAAAAAAAGACAAAAAAAAAAGUAAAAGGACAAGAAUUAGAUUGCAUGUUCAAAAAGAAAGAAGAAGUACUCAAGGAUGAAACAAAAAAUGGCACAUAAAAUAUUUAGAACGGCUAUAAUGAUAGUACCUUAAUGAUAUUUUAUUCCAUAUAACAAAAUGUACACCGUGCCUCAUAAAAAAUAAUUAGAUUAGUUUUUGAUACAUUAAAAACCGCUCGUUAAAAUUAUACGAAUAAGUCAAUUAAAUUUUUAAUUUUAAUCUAACAUUCCUUUUUAUAAUAACUGUCAAUCGCUGCCAAAUAAUCGAGUAACGAUAAUGGAAACCGAAAGACUUUUUGUUUUUUUUUGUUUUAAAUAUCUUAAAAAAAAAAAUUGUAUUAAAGUUUUUAGUCGUAGUGAUAUAUCGUAAGAUCUUAUGUAGGUAUUAUUAUUGUAAACACGCAGCAAUUUUUAUAUCAAAUACAUUGAUUUGUGUCAUCCGUGUCACAAAAAAAUCAAUGAAAGGAAAAAUGAGUGAAUGACAAAAACUAUUUUUUAACAAAGAAAAAAUGAGUGAAUAAUAAACACUUGUAGGUAUCAUUAUUUUUUUUUAAUGAUAAUACCGAAUUUUUUCCAACAUAAAUUUGCAAUGCACAAUUGCAAUUAUUUUUGACAGAUUACUUUUUAAUUAUGACACCAAAAAUUAAUGAUAGGUUUACAUAAAAGUGAAUGAUAAAAACAGUGAUGAGAGACUUCUAUUAUAAAGUUUUAAAAUUUUUAUGAUAAAUUUAAUUAAAAUAACACGUAAUCGCACGUGAUAUCUGAUCGCUAAUCACUUUCCAGUCCUAAGUACUCUUAUUAUAUAAUAUAAAUUUUUUUAAAUAAAUCCAAGUACUCAAGCCAGAUUGAGAACUAUGCCUAUAAUUUAACAUAAUCAAUAGUUUAAUUCUAAGUAAUAUCAUAUAUAAGAAGACGUAUCUUUUGUAUAUUAAUAAAAUUUAAGUUUUUUCAAGGUCGGUUCAUUGAUUGACAGUUAUGUGUAAUUAAAGCGGGAAAGAUGUUAUAUAACAAAUUUGUAAAAGAAAUGAAACCAUUGUAAUAAGUUUAACUUAAAAAAAUUUAUUAACAACAUUUCAAAACUAAAAACAUACAAAUUUAAUCGAAAUAUUUAAAUAAUUAAAUAUUUCUCUUUUUUAAAUAAAUUGUAAAGAUCGCCUAAAAUUAUCAAGGUGUGUCAUUAACUGUCGUGACAUUUAUCGUAAAAAUUGAAAACUGUUAUGUUUACAAACUCUAUUAAAACACGAACUCAAACAGUGUCACUAAAAGUCACAUCGGUUAAAAGCCUUUUAAGAGUUCGGUUGCGCAAAUAUCGAAAUAAGUUUUAAUUGAAAAUCUUAAUGGAAAUUAAAAACUUUUUAAAUUACGUUCGAAAUAAUAAAGUACCGUUUCAUUAGAAUACAUCCUUAGUACGAAAUUUCUAUAGCAAUAUAUCGAAAAAAUUACUUAAAAUGUUAUUAUUUUUACUUAUACAACUUUAAAAUAAAAAUUUCAAUUUAUUUGAUAAAAUAAAGAUUAUGAAUGUAUUGUCAUGUUAUGGUAAUUUUAGUUAGUUUAAUUUGUUAUAAUUUUUUUUUUAUCUUAAAUGAAAUUAAAAAAUUUUUUUAACAAAAAUGUCACGCUAAUUUUGAUAAAUAUAUCUACUUAUAAUUUUGAAUGUAUACAUUAAUAUAUCUACACAUAAAUUAAAAAAAAUGAGACAUAAUAUAUAAGCGUUCCAAAUUUAAAAAUAAAAAGCAGUAUUUUUUAAACAAGUAUAAAGAAAAAAUCUUGUACAAUUUUGUAAAAACUAAAAUAGUUACCAUUGUAAACUCGAAUAAGACUUAAUGCCCAAGAAAAUAAUUAAAAUGUCAUUACAGAAAAUGUGUCACGGAGGCUUUAUCUAUAAAGUACACUUUUGUGAUAGUAAUUGAUUUGCUAUUUAAAUUUAUUUUAUUAUUCCAACUAUUUUAAUUAUUCGAAUCUAAAUGAACAGAAACUCAAAAAUGAGUAAAAUACUUUAUUACAUAAUAUGUUUAAGUAUUAUAAUUUAAACAUAAGAUACGUUUAAAUAAUGGAAACUUUCUUCAUAUAACUCCAGAACAGAUGGAUGAUGUAAUCAAAGACACGAGUAAAGGCAGAAAAAUUAAAAAAUUUUUAUCUUCAAACUGGACUCAAACCAGUGACCUAGACCAAAUUAAGCUAAAAAGGUAUGAAAAAAUUGCCGACAAUUGAAGAGCGUCCCCCUAGAAAGUAAUAGGUCGCUGGAGGAGAAAAAUUUUCUAAUUUUUCUGCCUUUACUCGUUCCUUUUAUUACAUGAUACAUAUGUCCAGCAGUUGUGUGAAGAAAUUGCCAUUUGUUAUUCUUAUGAGAAUUAAUAAUAAAUUAUACAAAAAAUAAACAAUUACACAUUGUAUUGGUAAUUAGUAAUAUAAGAUACGUUAUUAUUAUUAUUAAAAUACAUUAUUAUUAUUAUUAUUAUUAUUAUUAUUAUUAUUAUUAUUAUUAUUAUUAUUAUUAUUAUUA